CAACUCGAUCCAAACCCAUUGAUAGUGUGAGGCCGCUCAGCAUAUGGUGGGGUCGGUUCCGGAUCUGAAUUUGAUAUUUUCUUGGGAAGUUCAAACCAUCUGUCUUGCCCCGCCCGAGAACCGGCUUAAGUACUGUACGAGUCGAACAGUCGUAAACAUCAUAUAAACGGAAGAAGAGUCGCAAAGUCGCAGAAUCUGUUCUUUUCAUAAUUCCUCCACAGGAAGAAAAAAAUGGAGGAGGCUUCAGUUCCUAAUUCCAAUUCAAUCAACGUGACUGUUAAGUUCAGUGGAAGAUCCAUUUCAAUCUCUGUUUCUUUGGACUCAACCGUCAAAGACCUCAAAUCCCUUCUUCAACCUCUCACCAAUGUUCUUCCUCGCGGCCAAAAGCUCAUCUUUAAAGGAAAGCUGUUGGUCGACGCAAUGACUUUGAGACAAUCGGAGAUCACCAAUGGGUCUAAAAUCAUGCUCAUGGCUUCCCAGGGGUUGCACCAAGGGGACGGUCCCAUUCUAAAAGAUGCUAUGACUCGUCCUAUUUUAAGGGCUAAUGGUACUAAUAAAAUGGGGAAUCAAAAUGCUCAAGUUUCUGUUGAUAAGAACCGUUUGGAAAGAUGGAAGGUUACUGGAGUUAUUGCAUUGGCUGAAUGUAAUUUGAAGGCGAUACCUGAUGAAGUGUGGGUUUGUGGACCUUCUACAAGGGUUCUUGAUAUUAGCAAAAAUUUCAUUAAAGAUAUACCAACAAAAAUUGGCUCCUUGAGUUCCAUGCAGAAACUGCUCCUGAGUGGAAAUGGAAUGUCAGAUGAAUGUAUUCAUUGGGAAGGACUAAAAUUUCUGGAGAAUCUAGCAGUUCUGUCUUUGAGCCAAAACCAUUUAACAACAUUGCCAUCUGAAUUGGGCGCUUUGAGAUCCUUGAAGCAGCUUCAUGUUUCAAACAAUAAGUUGAAUUGCCUCCCAGUAGAAAUUGGAUUCCUCACACAGCUAGAGGUUUUAAAAGCCAACAAUAACAGAUUAUGCACCCUUCCAUCAUCUAUAGGGGAUUGUAAUUCUCUUCUUGAGGUUGAUCUUUCAUCAAACCUCCUGACAGGGUUGCCAGAGUCAUUUGGUAAUUUGCACAGCUUGAAGGCUUUGCACUUAGGUAACAAUGGGUUAAAGUCUCUCCCUUCUACAUUGUUUAAGAUGUGCCUGCAACUCUCAACACUGGAUAUUCAUAACACAGAAAUCACAAUGGAUAUUCUUCGUCAGUUUGAUGGAUGGAAUGAUUUUGAUGAACGCCGUCGCUUAAAGCAUCAGAAGCAACUGGAUUUCAGAGUGGUAGGCUCUGCUGAAUUUGAUGAGUGUGCUGAUAAAAAUUGAUUGUGUUUGACUGCAUUGUGAAUAGCAAAAUGUAUUCAGAUAUCAUAUUAAUGUCGCUCAGACAAUAAAAGGGAUUUUUUCUUUCUUAAAAUGGUUUGGAUGUCUAGAGGUGGAAUACUAGCCUGGAAUUGAUGAAGCACUUGAUAAAGUUUGUUGAUAUAGUUGAAUUGAUGCAGGGUUGUUUGUUAUGUUGUGAAACACCGAAGAAAAAGUUCAGUACAUUUUAAGAUGCACCCUUUUUCCAUAUUUGUGAAACAAAAGCCAAAUACAGGACAGGCCUAUAUUGAGGAGCUUCCGCAUUUAUCUUGUGUACUCUUGUACUUUAUGUAUGUAAAAAAAACCUUACUAGUGCCUCAAAAAUAAUAACUUCUGUAUGAUUUAAUUAA